AUGUCGGAAAAGAAAGUGAAUCCUACCGAGAGUCCUGUUGAAGGUGUCUCUGAGGGGCACAACAUCACUAGUCUUCACGAUGUAGAUGACACAGAGAUUGGCAAGACUGGUCUGCACAUCAAGGAUGAGGCAGGAAAUAUUGCUGUGACGGCUCUCGCUACGGAUGCUGCCUCAGCUGAAGAUAGAAAGGUGGUUCUUCGCAAAAUCGACUUGUAUAUUUUACCUAUCAUGUGCGUUACAUAUGGUCUCCAAUUCCUGGACAAAACCGCACUUGGAUAUUCUUCAGUAUUCGGUGUCAUCGAAGACAACAACUUGAAAGGGCAGCAAUACGCUUGGGCAUCUUCAAUUUUCUACUUCGGUUAUCUUGUUGCAGAGUACCCAGGUGUAGCUCUAAUCCAGAAGCUUCCUCUUGCCAAAUUCCUCGGCGCCAACAUCAUACUCUGGGCAGGACUUCUCAUGAUCACAGCAUCAUGUUCUUCCUUUGCCGGUCUCGCGACGGCUCGUUUCUUUCUCGGUGUAUUCGAAUCAACCAUCACUCCUGGCUUCGUUGCCAUCACCGCAAUUUGGUGGACGCGUGAAGAACAAGUGAUCAGGGGAAUGGCGUGGGUAGCUUUUAACGGUGUAUUCUCAACAUUCGGUGGUCUUCUAACUUUUGGCAUCGGUCAUAUGGAUGGUGCUUUGAGCACAUGGAAAUAUAUCUACCUUAUCCUCGGAGCCAUCACAGUAUGCUGGGGUAUCCUGUUCAUCUGGAUCAUCCCUGACAACCCAACCACAGCCCGCUGGCUUACAGAAGAACAAAAGAUCAUCGCCAUCCAAAGAGUCAUCGAGAACAAGACUGGAACAAAGAGCCGUCAUUUUGACGUAUCCCAGAUCAUGGAAGCAUUCACAGACCCAAAAGUCAUCUUGCUUUUCCUCAUCUCGUUUGUAAACGCCAUUCCAUCUGGUGGUCUCAGUUUCGGCUCCAUCAUCAUCUCUGGUUUUGGAUUUACCCCUCUGACAACCACACUACUCAACAUGCCACUUGGUGCCGUACAAACAUUCUUCACCUUGUCAGCAGGUUACCUUUGCAUGAAGAUUCCCAAUAGUAGACUGAUUAUUGGUUCUCUUUGCAUGCUUCCCUCUAUUGUCGGAACCAUUUUGAUCAACAACCUCGAUGCUACGAAUCGCUGGGGUAGACUCGUCGGGGUAUGGCUUUUAGUCUCCUACCCUGUAGGGUUCAUGGUCCUUCUCGGUCUCUUAUCCACAAAUAUCGCGGGAAGCACAAAAUCUACAACCGCCAACGGACUAGUCUUCGUAGGCUACUGUGUUGGCCAAAUUGCAGGUCCUCAAUUCUUCAAAGCCGCCGAGAAACCAGCAUACCCAUCUGGUAUCAAGGCUAUGCUCUGCGCAUUCGUGCUCAACCUCGUGCUUAACCAGGUGCUAAGAUUACUCUACAUGCUUGAGAACCGCAAGCGUGACAAGGCACUAGAAGGUCUCAGCGAGGGCGAGGUCGAGGAGUUGAAGGAGAAGAGUCGAAUUCAGGGAUUUGAGGAUGUUACUGAUAUGAAAAAUGUGUUUUUCAGAUAUGCGUUGUGA